AUGUUUGAUAAAGCUAUAGCCUUUAAUGGAACCAAUUGUUUGAUCGAUAUACACUUGAAUGAGAAAAUUUAUAAUGCUCUCAACAAUUACAAGAAUUGGCUGGAGCAGAAUAACCUCCUGCAGUUCAAAGAUAAAUAUCAGUCCGUUUAUUCACCUCAAAUAGAUCUGAGCACUGGACAAUUUGAACAAAUUUCUAAUGAGACUUUGGAAUCAUUGACAGAAUAUUUUGAUGAACUUAUUGAACAAGCAGGUCAUUUGAAAGAUGCAGACGUAUCAUAUGGAGAUGGUGUAAUAACAGUUAAGUUUGGUGAAGGUUACGGUACCUAUGUCAUUAACAGACAGACUCCCAACAAACAGAUCUGGCUUUCAUCCCCAAAAUCUGGUCCAAAGCGUUACGAUUUCAUUGAUGGAAAGUGGAUUUACAAACACGACGGUCAAACAUUACAUGAACUUCUGAACAGAGAAAUUCCAGCUAUCAUACGAAAUCAAGCAAUAUUUGAUAAGUGUUCCUACAGUGGAAGAGAACAACAUGUGAGCCUGGAUCGAUCCUGA